GGUUCAUUCAACGUGAUUAACGAGUCCUUUCAAACGAUCAGCGGUUAUUGUAAUCAAAAAGUUAAAGAUGGAAAACGGUGAUAAGGACCAAAAUCUUGAUGAAACAGUUUUUUUUAGCCCUUCAAAAACUAUGGAUGAAACUUCCUACAUUGAGUGUGAAAAAAGAGAUGUUUCAACUCAAUAUGAGUGUGAUCAAGAUGUCCUAAUAAACAUUGGGGAACUCCACAAAGUAUUUAAAUCGGAAGUAAACGUUGGGGAGUUUAUAAAAUUAAAGAAAGAACAUGCAAGACUUGAGAAACAUCUUUCGAAUAUUUCGAUGGCUUUAUCAGAUGUACACCAGAAAUAUAAUGGCACAAAGUCAACUAUUGAGGAACAUAAAGCAAACAUUAAAAAGUUAGAAGGAAAAUUAACACAAACAAACGAAAGGAUUGCAAAUUCCAAAGAAUAUGUGGAAAAUAGCAGGAAAUUAUACGUGGAUACUGCGAAUCAGUACAAUAAGGACUUUAUCGCUGAUCGAGAAUCCUACGAAAACAAAACAAAGGGUUUGAUGAAAUCCAUGAAAGUCCUUGAAAUCAAAAGCAGAUCUCUCCAGUCAAAUAUUGCUCAAGUCACUGUCGAAAUUAAAGAUUUAGGGAACUUAUUGUCAGUGGAAAAACAAUAAUCUCAGUUAUUUACUAUUUUAUAUUUAAUUAAGUAUGUUGUAAUUUUCUAUAUUUUUCAUAAUAAAUAUUUCAAUUGUUGCUUA